GAUAAGAUUAGGGUCUGGUGUGAUUAACGCUAUCGUACGUGCCAAUUCUUAGGACGUGGGUACUGCUUUAUCGGUGCCCCUCCGGCGGAACAUUGGUUCUAUUUCGGUGAUUGUACAAGAAGUAGACAUACUCUCGUGGGCGCCUGGGGAAACAAGGAACGGUUGUUGUUCGGUCGAUGUGCACUAUACCAGCAUUCUCCCUCACAAGAACAAUACCAGACACCCUUUGCACCUAAUUUGAUAUUUUGAGAAUUCGACAUGGCUUCUACAACCGAUCCUACAGUCCCAAUUCCUACCGCAACGGACACCGACGACGACGACGAUGACGACGAUGUGAGCUCUUCGCUGCUGCCCAGUCAAUCACCGGCUGCCACACCUCCCUCUGCUCAACCAACUGUCGCUUCUGCUCCCGUUCCGCCACCAACGGAAACAGCCAUUCCCGGCGUAUCGGGCGCUGCUCCAGCUCCCACGACGGCUCCAUCAGCCUCCGGAUUAGCCAGCAUUCUAAGCAGCAUCCUCCCAUCCUCAGCGACCGAGCUCGCAGACAGUCUACCUAGUAGCUCGCCAACUUCUCUGACCCCCACAACUCCCGCAAACGAUGGCAAUGGUAGUAGGGGCGGGCUAAACAUCGACACAUCCGCAGGAAUCGGCAUCGGCGUAGCCCUCAACGUGUGUCGCGCAGCAUUCGGCACAUGGUUCUUCAUGCGGCACCACAAAGCGCACAGAAACAAGACACGAUCGACGUCUAGUCACAGCCCUGACGAAGAGCACGCGCAGAAACCGCCCAAGUCAGAGGUCUACGCGUAUCGUUCGGGCGGGCCAGCAGAGGUUUCGAGCGAUGAGAAGCCGAGGCGGUGGAGCGAGUUGGAGAGCCCGACUUAUGUUGCGGAGGUGGGUUAUGGGCAGGUGUUUCGCGCUGAGCUACCGGGAUCUGCGGUUUCUGUUGCUGCGGCGGGGAAGGGGGGUGAUGAGAGAUCGUUCGUGGAUGCGCCGAUUGAUGUGCAGGAGAGGACUGUGGACAAGAAGGAUGGCCGGCUGUUCUCUGAUCCGCCGAUUGAUGAGGGUACUGAUACGCUGGACGUCGAGUCCAAGUCAGUAGAGAAGAAGGGUUGAGUAUCAGAUCGAUGAUCUUCGGACUUUGUUGCUAUGCCGUGGUGCCCAAUUGGGCUAUAUACACUCUAUGCUGAAGUGUAGCCGGCAGCGACGUUUAUGGCUUCUUAUGA